AUCUCUGCUGCCCUCUUAUAAGAGCAGCCUCAAUUCAGUUUCUCCUUUCUGACUGGAGCCAUGAAUCUCACAGGUCGUCUGUCCCUGCUGCUGCUGCUCACUGCUUGUGUGGCUAGUGGGGCCCUGCUGCCAAAGUCCUUGUGGCAGUUUGGGAAAAUGAUCGAGUGUACUGAGCCAGGCGUCAGCUCCCUGAAGUACAACAACUACGGCUGUUGGUGUGGCUUCGGAGGGACUGGAAGCCCUCUGGAUGAACUGGACGAGUGCUGUAGAGUCCAUGACAAGUGCUAUGAAGCAAGCAGAAAGGCUCCUGGAUGCACGGCUAUGGCUGACCUCCCUUAUAUCAUCGUUUAUGAUCACACCUGUUCAAAUCAGCAAGUGAGCUGCUCAGCUACCAACAACAGGUGCCAGGCGGCCGUGUGCGAGUGUGAUCGUGUGGCUGCUCACUGUUUCGCUCGGAACACAUACAACCCCGAUCACAAGAAUGUGGAUCCCAAAGUCCACUGUGUCAACUGAGUUACACAACAAACAAAAAACACAGGGGACAAUGUUGGAUUUUCUGACAUGUUCCUUUAAAACUUUAAUUUCUUCAUAAUUUUCUUCAACAAAAAAUGGAUUUUGGAAAGUUUAAUUUAGGAGAAAAGGUGUUGUAAUAAAAAAAAAACAAGAUUCUCAUCUCAUCAGUGAGUUGAAUUUCAGUA